AUGAAGUUCUCCCUUGCUUGCCUCCUUGCGUUGGCCGGACUCCAGUCCGCCCUCGCCGACCCAAAAACCUGCGAAAAGGAAGCCCAGUUCGUGAAGCAAGAGCUGGUCGGCCAGCCGUACUCUGAAGCCGUGGCAAACGCGCUGCAAUCGGACCCCAUUCGCGUCCUCCACCCUGGAGAUAUGACCACCAUGGAGUACAUUGCUUCCAGAUUGAACAUCCAUGUGAAUGAGAACGAUGAGAUUCUCUCCGCCCAUUGUGCUUAG